AUUUCACAGGUAGGACACAGCAAUGAAACGUUAGGUAAGACACUGGCCUGCGGACAGCAAAGCUUACUGAACACAAGCCGAGGAGACAGCAUCGGGGUUCGCAGACGCGCUCUUAGAGAUGGAAGAGACAUUCCAGAAUGUGAAGUUUGAGGACAUUAUUGAUCAGAUAGGUGGCAAUGGAAAGUUUCAACAACAACAUAACAUAAUUUUCAUAUGUUUAUCUAGCAUUUUUAUGGCAAUGGUAAUCUACAGCAAAAUGUUAGCUAUUACAAUUCCUGAUCACUGGUGUUAUGUACCAGGAAGAGAGGAGGCAAAUGUAAGCACAGACAUCUGGAAGAACAUGACAAUUCCUAGGAAUGGAGAGACCUACAGUAAAUGCCUCAUGUACAACGAUUCAGAUGAAAAUAAUGAGACAAUUCCAUGCAUUUAUGGCUGGGAAUAUGAUGACACUUGGUUCUCCCUCACUGCUGCAUCACAAGAAAACUGGGUGUGUGACAAAGCAAUAUAUGCUCAUACAUCACUUUCACUGACCCUCUUGUUCUCAACAGUUAUUGGAAUAGCAUUCUUCUAUAUUGGAGAUAGGUUUGGUAGGAGAAAGCAAUACAUUUUCAGCACAAGUCUGGCAAGCAUAUGCCGAGGAGUGCUGCCAUUUAUAGUUUCUGUAUAUCCACUCUUUAUUGCAGCUUCAGCAGUAGCUGCAGGAGCUGCAAUGCCUGCUACAGAAUCUGCCCUUGCUAUUGGAAUAGAAUUAUGUGGCGUCAAACAUCGAUCAGCCAACAACUUUAGAUCGUGUCUUUGUUUUGCUUUUGGAUUUAUCACCAUAAUAUUGCUAGCUUGGCUUUUGAGAAACUGGAUUUAUUUCAUUCUUAUUACAGCAGUUUUGAGCUGCAUCCCAUUAUUGUUUGUCAGGUACCUACCAGAGUCUCCACGUUGGCUUGUUGCCAAAGGAUAUCCAGAGGAUGCUCUUAAAGUGCUUCAGAAAGUGGCUUCAGCCAAUGGCACAGCAUUGCCAAAUGAUACCCACACCAAGCUAAAAUGCUUGUCUGACCAAAGAACAGAAAAAAUGGGUUUGAAGACCUUAUUUGUGAACAGAGUGUUGUUUAAAAAUACACUUCUUCUCAUUUGGGACAGGUCAGCUGCAGUAUUUACUAUGCUUACUCUGCUGCUGAGUGAUAAGACUUUUGGAGGAAAUCCUUUUGUUCCUUUUAUUGGACAAGCAUCUCUUCAUAUACCAGCCAUAAGUCUGUCCCAUUAUGUUGGCAACAAAUUUGGAAGAAGAUGUUCACAUUUAUUUAUAGUGCUAACUGCUGCUAUUGUAUCCUUCCUUACUGUCUGCUCAAUCACAGUCUCUUCACCACAGUGGGUGAUAACUACCAGCUCUCUGUUUAUUCAGUUCUGUAAUCAAGCUUCGCUGUCACUCACAAACUUACAGAGCAUGGAGAUACAUCCAACAUGUGUUAGACAAACCAGUGUGGCCAUGGAAUACAUGCUUUCAAAUGCCAUUAGUUGUGUGGCUCCAUAUGUCGCAUAUGUGGGAACAGAAAUUGAGCUCCGCUACAUGUUUGGUAUACUUGGAACUACAAUGCUUUUUGCUUCACUUUCAAUAUCAUUUCUGCCAGAAUCUUUGAAUCAGAAGCUUCCAGAAACAAUAGAGGAUGCUACUGCAUAUGGUCAGAGGCAGAAAUAUUGGAGACUUUCACAAAAGAAACAUUGUGAAAUAGAAACUGCUAACUUACGUUCACCUGAUCCUGCAAGCUGACAAUUUUCAUACAAGAAUUGAUCUUUUACACUGUGAAAAAUUUCAGAGUAACAUUUCACACUUAUGUUUUGCAUCUUAUCAUUACUUCUUCACUGAGGAUCCAUAUGCUACCAACUGGAUCUUUAAUUGAAAACAAGACAUAGCUUAAAAUACACAGAGAAAACAUCAGUGAUGAAAUCAGCACAGUGAAGUUACUAUGUGUAAAAAGGAAUUUAUUGCUCUCUUGGUAACUUCUGUUUAGGUGAUCAAAGUCUUAGAGUAAAUUACUGUUUGGAUUAGCAUCCCUAGAUCUGGAGUGAAAUGAAAUAUGCUGACAGUUUGUGUCACAAUGUAAAAUAU